AUGAAGGUGGAAGUACAAUGGAAGAAGUUGGUCAAGCCGUCAGUGCCGACACCAAACAACCGGCAAAAAUGGAAGCUAUCAUCAAUGGAUGAGCUUCAGCCGCUCGUUUAUGUGGGUGUUAUCUUCUACUAUAGAGAUUAUGCUGAGAAACCAGGAGUUGAUAUUGCUCAAAGGCUCCACCAAAUGGAGGAGUCGCUUUCCAAAACCCUAACAAUCUUUUAUCCUAUGGCAGGUAGAUAUAAGGAGAUCGACGAUUGCUUUGUCCAUUGUAAUGACCUUGGAGUUGAGUUCGUCCAUGCCAAAGUGGAUGGCCAGAUUGAUCAGGGUCUCCAUGGAGACCCCGACAUGGAUUCGCUAAAUUGUUUGUCGAGAUUCCCGACUAAGGUAGUAGGCAAUCCGUUAGUUGUGAUUCAAGUGAAUACCUUCGAGUGCGGUGGAUUAGCAAUAGGCGUGCGCUUUGCACACAAGAUUGGUGACAUGUACACCAUGGCCAUGUUCAUUAAUUCAUGGGCUACCACUUGCCGAGGUAACAUAGAUGCAAUAGUCUGUCCAAAUUUCGAGUUGUCAUCUCUAUUCCCGGUGAAAGAGUCGGGUGUUCCAUUUAGGCCUCCACCACUUAUUGGCAAGGAAGAUUUCGUCAGCAGUAGGUUCAGGUUCAGUGGCAAUGCUAUAUCAAAGCUGAAAGCCCUAGCUAGAGACAAUGCAAAGGACUCGAUGGCCAUUGAUUUCCAUCUUUCAAGGGUGGAGGUUGUUUCAGCACUAAUAAGUAGGGCUCUCGUCGAUGUUGAUCGAAAUAUAAAUGGCGAACAAAGGGCUUUCGUGGUUUGCAUGACUGUUAACUUGCGCCAGAAAAUCAAUCUAGCAAUACCCUCGAAUACUUGUGGCAAUCUCUUUGCCUUUAUGUUUGCACGAUCCGGUCAACCCACAGCCGGCAAAAGCAAGUUGGAGUUCAAAGGGAUGGUGAAUGUGAUCCGCCACUUGAUAUCGGACGCCAAAACAAAAUAUGCAACAGUAGGUGACGGUGAGGAGCUCUGCUCAAUCGUGAGAAAUUCUCUAACUGAAUUCUCCAGAACUUUGUCCACAACCGAAGAUUGUCUGAUUGGUAUUUCUAGCUGGUGCUGGUUCGGGCUAUAUGAGAAUGACUUCGGGUGGGGAAGGCCGGUUCUCGUCACCAGCACACCAACGAAUUUCAGAUUCAUUUUUCUUAUUGACGGCGAAGAGAGCGGAGGAAUCGAUGCAUGGAUAACCAUCGAUAAAGAUGAGAUGAUUCUUCUUAAACAAGAUCCGGAAUUUCUGGCAUUCACUUCCUAG